AUGUUGAAAGUUGCCUCAUUUAAGAAUUAUGUUAACUUUGCUAAUGCUAAGACAAUUGGCAGACUGUUUAGUAGCAACAAUGCACUAAAUAAAGUAGAUGGAGGUAAGUUCACCGAUUUUGGCUCGAAGAUGGUUCCUUUGGCAGAAAAGCAGAAAUUAGUUGGUGGUGUUUUCUCUUCUGUAGCAUCGAAGUAUGAUAUCAUGAACGAUGUCAUGUCUUUGGGUAUCCAUAGAUGUUGGAAAGAUCAUUUUAUUAAUAAAUUAGAUGCUGGUAAGAGGCCAAAUUCUGAUACUCCAUUGAGUUUCAUUGACGUUGCCGGUGGUUCAGGUGAUAUUGCGUUCGGUUUAUUAGACCAUGCAGAAGAAAAGUUCCAUGAUACUCAAUCAACGAUGGAUAUUAUUGAUAUCAACCCAGAUAUGUUAAAAGAAGGUGAGAAAAGGGCAUUGGAGCAGAAUAAGUACUACAAUAAUCCAAGAGUAAGAUUUAUGAUACAAAAUGGUGAAGUUCUGGAUGCCAUUGAAUCAAACUCUAAAGACAUUUAUACAGUUUCUUUCGGUAUCAGAAACUUCACUGAUAUUCAAGCAGGUUUAAAUACAGCACACAGAGUAUUGAAACCAGGUGGUAUCUUUUAUUGUUUGGAAUUUUCUAAGAUCGAGAAUGGGUUAGUUGAUUUUGGUUACCAACAAUGGGCCAAAGUUCUUCCAUUUAUGGGUUCAGUUAUCGCAAAUGACUACGAUUCUUACCAAUAUCUUGUUGAAUCAAUCGAGAGAUUUCCUGAUCAAGAAACUUUUAAAUAUAUGAUCGAAAAAGCAGGUUUUCAAUCUGUCGGGUAUGAAAAUUUAACUUUUGGUACUUGUGCUAUUCACUGGGGUAUUAAAGUUUAA